GCUCCUAUUUUCUGCUGUCGCUUUUGGCGCUCGGCCAUCCAGAAACAAACCACUUCGAUGACUCCUAAUAGUUAUCGCCAGAUGUACUAAUACACAACAAAUCACGGUCCGGGAGAGGGGGAGAGCAAAUGAGUUCCUAUUUCGUGAAUCCCACUUUCCCGGGGAGCCUGCCCGGGGGCCAGGACUCUUUCCUCGGGCAGAUCCCCCUUUACCCGGCGGGUUAUGAUGCUCUCAGGCAUUUUCCGGCUUCUUACGGGGCAAGCAGCCUGCAGGACAAGACUUACACCUCACCUUGUUUCUACCAACAGUCCAACACCGUCAUUGCUUGCAAUCGGGCUUCCUAUGAGUACGGAGCCUCUUGUUUUUACUCGGACAAGGAUAUUAGUAGCUCCUCUCCCUCCGGCAGUGGCAAGCAGAGGGGGCCCGGGGACUACCUGCACUUUUCUCCCGAUCAACAGUACAAAUCCAGCGGCGGCCAAGCCAAAAUUGUAAAUGACGAAGGCACCGACCGGAAGUACACGAGCCCUGUUUACCCCUGGAUGCAGCGGAUGAACUCCUGCGCUGGUACAGUAUAUGGAACUCAUGGGAGACGAGGGAGGCAAACUUACACCAGAUACCAAACGCUAGAGUUAGAGAAGGAAUUUCAUUUUAACAGAUACUUAACCCGAAGACGACGUAUUGAGAUUGCAAACGCUCUCUGCCUUACUGAACGCCAGAUUAAAAUAUGGUUUCAAAACAGGCGGAUGAAAUGGAAAAAGGAAAACAAAUUCAUAAAUUCCACACAGCCCAGCAGCGAAGAAACAGAGGAAAAGUCAGGGGAGUAGAACCACGUUUAAUAAACGUUACCAGGCCUUUCCUUAGCGCUUACUAUUACUAUUAUUAUUUAGCUUGUGUUCCUUCUGCUACUAAAAUCCUAUAGGUUUGUCACAGUCUAUUAAUUCCCCAACGGCUUGGUUAAAAGAUGUACAUUUGCAAUCAUCUGUGACUUUCUUUAAUAUAUGUGGAAGUCCGAGCUUUCGAGCUACAGGCAUGUGUGUAUAUAACUACCUUCCCAAAGCGUAGAUGGCGUUGCUUAAAGUAUUAGAGAAAUGGCUUAGAUUUUUAAAUAUUUGAGGUGAGCAUCUGUGUGUGGGUGAGUGUCCCUAGCGUGCCUGUGUGAGAAGACAUAAGCGAGUGAUUUUUUUUUUUAAUUUUCUUUCUUUUUUUCUUUUUUUUUUUUUUUAUUACAAAUGUUCAUAUUGUAGAAAUACGAGAGAUUUUAGAAAAUCUUGACUUUAUGUUUUUGCUAACUCCCGCUACGUCGGGCCGUCUCGUUAUGCUGCGUUUGGGAGCUUAUGGUCUGCAGGGGAGGAAAAAAAAAGUUUUACGCACGUAUAAAAUAUUUAAAUAGCAAAAAGAAGAAAAAUCCUUUUUAAAAAAUCGUUGUAUAAAACCCUGGGUAUAAACUUGCAGUUAAAGCGGAGAAGAAUUGCAGGGAGAUUUUUAAAAAUGCCGCUACACUGUCUAAUCUGCACUACUAGGAUUAAAGUAAAAACUCGGCGUUAAACUUCAGGGGAAGCGAGGGAAGAGGUUUCAAGGCGGGCGAAUUUCUGUGGUUCCCGUUGAGCUUACGCUGAGGUUUGGGUGAGCUCAGCUCUACACUGAAGGGGCUUUGAAUUAUGGACUACGUUUCUUGGGGCUUCGUGGGCUUGGGUCGAUUUUUCUUUUCUAUUUUAUUUUAUUUUAUUUUAUUUCUCUUAUAUUAUUAUUAUUAUUUUAAUUUUAUGAAAAGAAAAGCGUCUGUCGUACUAACUCGGGGGUUUUCUUCCCCGCUUUUUGUGAUAUCACAUUCGCAUUUCUUAGCACUGGAAAAAAAUAAAUAGAUACCCUGAAGAAAAGUGGCUGCCAUAAAAUGCUUCCACUUCGAGUUCUGUAUAAGUAGAGUAAGCGCAGCGAAAAUAUUGAUUAAUAUAUAUCUCUAUAUAUUAUAUUGUGUGUGUGUGAGUGUGUGCGUGAAGCUGUGUACAAAUACACUUGGUGUACGCAUCGAGGCUCUUUUGUUUGGAAGGCAACGCUAUUUGGGCUACUGCUCGAAAUAUUUGAAAAGCCAAAUCUGGGAAAUACUACUGCAAAAUGGCCACCGCCGCAUUUAGAGGUUUUGUGUGGGUUUUGGUUCGGUUGGGUUUGGUUUUUUUUUUGUUGGGUUGUUUUUUGGGGUUUUGGUGUUGGUUUUUUUUCCGAGAGGCGGAAAAAAUAACGGCGGCCGUAAAGCCGCCUGGAAUUUGACCCCCUCGUUGGAAAAAGGCUGCACGAUAUUUAUCUUUCAUAGAUAGGUACCUGCCAUUUCCCAUCGGCGGGACCCGGGUGCCUCUUGGAACCUCCGGCAAGGGAAAAGGGGAGGGGGGGGAAUAUAUAUAUGUAUAUCUAUCUAUAUAUUGAGAAAGGACGUAAGCGUUGCCAGCACCCGAGUGCGGCUGGUAUAGGAUUUGCGAACUGGUGCACGAAAGCCCAGCCCGGAGGAGACAAGAGGCACAAAGCGAAGCUCUCCCCGCACGCCAGGCUCUCCGGCGGCCGGGGCGGGGGAGGCAGCCCCGCCGCUCCCGCCGUCCCCGCAGCCCCCGCCGGCCUCUCUCCCCGGCUCUCUCCGCCGCCGGGGGUGGCGGAGCGCCCCGCGUCUCUCCGCUCCCUCUCCCCCUCGGCUCCGCGCCGCCGUCGGGGGCCGU